AUUGCGGUUUCUGUUGAUCAUGGAUCGUGUAAAACUAUGUAUUUAUGAUGAAGAUACACAAGAAACGUUUACAUUAUUACUUACUUCACAGGAGUGUAAAAGAGCGCAAAAUGAUAUGGCUUAUAGGACAGAUUUACUUAAUUAUGCACGGAAUGAGAGGUAUGGUAGUGGAAUCGAAAAUAUACUUACCCCUUGCGUUUCAAAUACGUUUUCUUCAAUCGAAGCAUCAGGAGAAAUGGAUUCUUUUGCAUCAGUAACAACUAAUGAAGAGGAUGCAAGCACAAUGGAGAAUGAAGAAUUGAUGGAGGGUGGUUUUACGAGAUGGAGUCAUGAAGCGAUUUUGCUUUUAUUAGAAGCAUAGACAGCGGGAACGAGCCAUGUAUUCGGGUAAAAUCAGUCACAAAAAGGCAUGGGAAGAAAUUGCUGAAGUAUUAAACAACGAAGGAUACAUUGUAACAGCCAAACAAUGCACGACCAGAGUAAAUACUAUGAAAAGAACAUACAAGAAUGUGAAGGAUCACAACAAUAAAUCUGGAAAUAAUAAGCGAACGUGGAAAUAUUAUGAUGUGAUGGAGAAUCUUCUCGGUGAAAAGCCGUAUAUAACACCAAUGUCAACUAUUUCGUCUACUGGCGCAGAAACACACAAAGCAGCAAAUACGAGCUUGUCUAUUGCUACAGAAACAGAAGUAGUAGCAAAUACAAGCUUCUGCAGUUCUUCUGACGAUCAAUCUUCCAAAUCCAAUGUUAGAGUGUCUCGUAAACGAAAGGGUGAUGCAACGAUGGACCAAAAAACUAUGGAAGAAAAUAAGGAGAGAAGACAUAAGGAAAGGCUACA